AUGGACAUCGCCCUCCUCCCAUCUCGUCGCAAAAGCUUUCUCACAUUUCCAGACCGUUCUCUCAUCUUUCAUCUCAGCCAGCCGUUGAGGUUCUACACCGACGCCAAUGAGACCCCCGACAGCCGCAGUGAACAUCUUGUCGGCCUCGAUGCAGGCCGGAGCUUCCCCGCCCUCGCCUUGACAGAGCGCACCAUAUUAGUGACGCGGCCGGCAGAGUCCCACUUGUCCACGACAAACGUGCCGAGGAAGAAGCGAUUCAACGGCGGGCAGAUUGCAGCCAGCGGGCGCAUGACGCCAAUAACACCGCCAAUACGGUAG